AUGGCAUAUACCCCCGAACGGCUUUCUGUAGCCAGACGGCUAUUUCAACGCCACGAGGCUCCUUCCACAAGGAAGGAAGAUCAAUUUCCAUUUCGCAAACAAUACUCAUUCCGCGAGCGGACUCUAAGCAGUCUGAAGACACACAGUUCCACCUGGAUUGACGACGAUGAGACAGACGACUACGAUCCAAAACAAGAGUCUGCUUCCUCACGGCGAAAGCGGCCCUCACAUUCGAGCAAUAUAGCGCCAAAGAAACGGGCUAAAAUCGCAGACACACUGAUCGUCGCGAUGUCGCUGGGUUCUGACAGCGGGAAGGGCUUUCUUUCCUCGAUCUCCGACUGGGGAGACGAUUCAACCGACCUCCUGGAACAGCCUGAGGGGGUAGACACGUUCUUCAAGGCUCACGGCGAGCCUCGCACUCUCACAACCUCAUUGGCUCAUCCAGUGAACUUCGCCCACGACCCCCCAGACGACGGAUCCUCACCCUGCCACUGGUGCGCCAACUUCAUCUAUGGCCUCCUCGGACUAGGCAAAAGAACCGUCCAAGUAAUGGACUACGGAAACGGGAAAUAUGAAGAAAUCAGCGGGGAACACACGGUAGCAGGACACGAACCCAGUCGCAUGUGCGUCGCAUGCGCCCUUGAGAGAAUCCACAUCACGCAGUGCGCGGGCCACCGCAUCAUUCCACUGAAAGGAUACAGUCCGGAUACGUUCGACUUCGGCGCGGCCUUUAAGAGUCUAACUCCUGGGAUCGAGGGUCCCAGUAUGAUCAACCCGUGGUGUUCGCUCUGUCCGAGCCCGGCCUUCUUUGGGUGCAGUGCGAUCCAGCCUGUCAAUGUAUACCAAGAAUGCGUGGAUCCUUGCUCUCCUGAUGCUGUUGGUUGCGGACUGCUGUUGUGUGAGCGGUGUGAAGCCGGGAUGCGUGAGUGUGGGGGAGAAUUUUCGAAGGUGGUCAAGAGGAAUCAGCAGGAGGAUGCGGAUUUUGGGUCUCGCGCGGAUGUGGAAUAUAUUUUGCCAGGGAAUGCCCUCUAUCGGUUUUAUACGGGUUGA